UACUUUUAAAGCGCUUUGAAUGGAGUGUCCAGAAAAACGCUAUAUAAGUGUAAGCAAUUAUUAUUAUUAUUAAUGCCAUGAUGUGUCUGUGCUGUGGCAGCGAUGGCAGGCUUGGCCGAUUGUGUCAGGUGACGCAGUGCAUCUAGGCCUUAAUCCGAAGCUAGUGAAGGACCAAUUAAAUUGUACCCUUGACAGUGUUCUCAAAGCCAGCAUUCCACACAUGAAUGGCAGCUGCCUUGUGGUGCUCCGGCUUCUUUACAUCAAAAUCCAAACAUAGCUUUGAUGCUGCAGGCAUGCAUCCCCAGACAUAUUUUUGAGGAAGAUGCACUUGGUCUACAGACCAAACCAGACAGCGCCUCUUGUGUCAGCUGAAGAGGUCACAUAGGCACCGACCUGGGACUGUUCAUGAGUGUUUUUGUGUAAUAAACAUGUCCUGAAGCUGGAAGUUUUUUUGAUGUCAUUUAAAGAUUCGUAAGCUCGUGUGAAGCAGUUUGUCAAAGCUGGCACAAACAGCUUGUUGGAAAAGUGCCUCCAAUUUGAAGCAUGCUAUGGAGUUCUGCUUCUCACACUUGUUAAGCAGUGGAUCUAGAUCUCCUUAUAUAUCUUUUUUUUUCCCCCAGAGUCCUCAAUAUCACUUCAGGUAUCAGUUAAACAGGCAAACAAAUCUCUAAAGCACUGGAGGUGUGUUUUCUGACUAGUCAAGGUCAGAAGCAGUUCUACCGGUCUGGGUUUUUGUUUACUGCAUUUGUACUGCAGGCAAACUGCUGCUAAAUAUAAUAACUAACAUUUAAAUUCAAAAGAGCUUCCAAGCUGGUGCAAAGGGAACAAUAGAACCACUGAAAAGUACAAUGCUUUGUGCAGGAGCUGUUGACAGAUGGUGCAGUAGCUCAACAGUGUGGUGAAGCAGAUUUGCACUUAUGCGUUGAUGUGUCCAAGGAGUGUCUAUGUUGUCCUUUUUGAGUUGCAGGGAUAAAACAUUGUUGCCAUGUGUGGGUCUUACUGCAACAAAAGCAGAUUUUGUUCAUUUUCUUACCCCAUUUGCUGUGCGCAUGAGACAUUACUCCUGAGAUUUAUUACUUUGCUUAGCUCUGUAAAAACACAUAUCCCAAGAUUAUGGUCUUGUCCUAAGAAUUGCGUAAGUGUCAGUGCGUGCCCCUGAAGGCUGCCCUGCCCUGAUAACCUUCCAGCCUGUGCCUCUUUCUAAACGUCAAGUAACUAGUAGGUAUGACUGAACAGAACAGGGGUAAAAAUUGGAUAAAACUGACACCAUGUGAAAGUUAGCAAACACAUGUAGUAUCAGGAAUGGAAGUUGAUAAUCGGGUGGAGUGUAAUAGUCUUAAACACAGACUACAGUUGCCUAGUUAUUUGAUGGAAUUUAAUUUAUUUGAAAUGGCAUCCAUGUUGCACACAUUACCUACUGUUGAAUAGAUCUCAUGUUCAGCUUGUCAAAAGCAUAUCUGUACACAGUUGCAAUUGUUUUUAAUUAUGUACUUCUUAAUUUAUUCAGAUAUUGUUAUCCUGUCAUCAUUGCUUUGGGAAUUCUGAGAUCAUUGUUGGUAUUUAAUGGGGUAAAGGCACAAACAGGAAGUGGAAUUAUAUCCAGUUGUUUCUAUCCCCACAGCCUCCUUCAAGAAUAAGUAAAAACUAAUGCCCAAUGUAAAAUAAAGUUUUAGAAACUGUUCUCAAUGUGUGGGUCAUUGCUGUUUUAAGAUUAAUGUUAUAAUAGUGAAGCGCUUGACCAUUUAAAAAUCAUUAUUUUUAAAUUUUCCCAGAAUAGUUCAUUUUUAAUUUAAGCAUUUAAAUCUUUCUUUUGUUUAAUUAUUUGAGUAAUAAUACUAGCUGGAAUAUGUAUUUUAUGGGAAAUGUUGUUGUUUUGCUUUGCAACUGGUUGUUGUUUUUACAUGUACUAAUUUGAGCAAUAACAGCUUAGCUUUUCCCAUCCAUCCACUAUUGGAAAGGAGCCUUUUUCUGGCAGGGAUCAGGGCAAACCUACCAACAACUCUUCCAUAAGCACAUGGCUCAAAGUGGACAAAAUCCAAUGUUAAGUAGAGUUUCCCUUCUGUCUGAAAGGCAUAGUGCAAUUUGACUGUAAAAGGGUGAUUUACUUCCACCAGUAUGUCCCAUUCCAUUUUUGGAUCGAUCCCUCACUUUCAAACACAUUUUCUUCAGCACUCACUGGACGGGCAGCAUUUUACUGCAGGACACACGCAAGAACAUGGGGCUAAUACAGAGAUGCCAUCAUAUACACAGCAUCUCUCCAACCAAAUUGUUCUUUAAGCCUCGUCCCCUUUCUGUUUUAAUGGCAGGGUUUCAAUGCCAGCUUGUCUCGAAGCACCCCAGUGAACAUGGAGCCUUGCGGUGAACCUGACUAUCACCCUGGUGUAAAAAUACUAAAUACCUUCUGUCCUUCUGGGUGGGAAAAGGAAAAGAUUCCAGAAGUAAAUUGCUCAAGCCACUUCUGUACCAGGCUUUUCUCCCCCUCCUCAGGGAAGUGCCAUGCCCUGCUAUAAACUCCUGGGGCAAGCGAGCACAGUACCUCAGGCCUGCGUUAUUCAGGUGCUGUCACACCACCACCACCAGUUCUGUGCCUGUGGUCAGAAACCAAAUUUUGUAACACUGUUCCCACCCAAAUAAUGUGGAAGGUUAAAGUCUCGACAAUAAAAAACAUGCAUCUCUUCCGUUGUCUUACUGCGCAUGUUUGCAUAAACAUCUCGAUACUGUUACUCAGCUAAAUCUAAAUUGGAAUAGCAUGUGUUGCAGCAGAAAUACCACCCCCUCAUCCCCAUUACGCUCAUAAACUCUUUCUCUGCAAGUUUAUCCAGUGAUUCACACACAAACCUCCUGCGAAGGUGCUUUAAUGAGCCGUCUUUAUCCUGGGCCGUUUGCAAUGUGCUUUGUGAGUUGCUGAAGUGCACUGCCUAAAAAAGGUCACAUAUUUCAGGCUGUGAAUCUCAACACAGUGUGACGUUUGUGUGUCACUAACAAGCUCAGCAGGCAUGGUCCCCUGAAUUUUUCAAUCUGGCGUUGUCUCAAGGCUACAUGCGAAACUAAGAGAAAUACCACAAAGCUCAGUGACGCAUAGUUUUGGCCUAUUUGCCUAAACACAUUAAUUAAAACCAGCAGAACAUGAAUUUCCACAUGUAAAUGUGUGAAAUCCCCAAGAAUGAUUAGGAUCCUGUUUUGAAAGCUCUCAGUUUCCAGUGUUUAGCUGCAGGCUGCAAAGGUAUCUUGCAGAUUACAGCCCAGUAGAUGGGAUUGGAAAGCAACAAUACUUGCACUUAAUAAUAUUGCUUAAAGAGCUAUUAACAGAGUAAAAAAAACACUAAUGGGGUCACUGCAGCCCUAUUCCAAUUCAUGUUUUUUUUAAUAUACCGUAUGUACUGAAGGUUGAAGAGCUGGUUUAUCUGGUCCCAUACUGUUGAUUUAUAAGGAAACAUAACAUGAGUUGUUCCGUGUUCUCACUUGCUUUAUCUGUUUGGCAGUCCAGUACUCUGUUUCAGGAACAGUCCAUUCAGGUCUCUGUUCUCUGUCUCUGCUCUAUGAAGGUGAUAUUUCUCCUGGUUGGGUUUACUGCAGCUGAAUUUGUGUUGCGGCGUAAAGCAAGUGCAGGCCUAUGGCCAGUCUGCAGGGCUGUACAUGCUCUGUGCUGAAUGUGAGGCUAUGGACUUGUCUCUCUUAUCGCAGCACAAUCACACUUCCUCAUUCCUCCCUGGUGACACACCGCCCCACUCUCUGCUGCAUGUUCAGGACACAUUCAGCCUCCACACCCUCUAGCUCUCCCAUCUUCUUGUUCCUUCUCUCGGUGUCGCCCGGCAGACACCCUGGAGAUCAGCUGGAGGUCUGCAGCUGCUGAUGAGCCUCUCGAUGUCCAGCCUGAUCUUCUGGAAGAGGGACUGACACCUGAACCCCUGGAAAUCUGAUGAUCUGAUAUGCCAGUGUUGGCAGGGCUCUGUACCUUUCCUGCAGUGCAAUUCUGUAAUCCUGCUGGAUGGAUCGUGUGGGCAGGAUGCCCCCCAGAUCAUCUGUCCCAGAUGCCAUGAGGGGACCCCAGCCUCAGCCCUGCAAUCUGCGGAGAACAGCCUGCACAGAGAGAAGGGAGCAGCCCCCUUUCUGCACGCUGCCAGAAUGAGGCGGUUCUUCCCCACGGCGGCAGUGUUCCUCUGUCUCCUCUGCUGCAACGUCACACCCUCGGCAGGCGGGCUCUCUCCCCCAGUGAACCUGAACGUGGCCAUAGUGGAUUUCGUCAGCCAAGUCCAGUGGACCCCAGGACUAGGGGCCCGCCCGGGCACUCUCUACUCCUUACAGAUGAAAAACACAUUACUGGGCUUAAAUCAGACGUGGGAGCAGGUUGAAAACUGCACUGCCAUCGAGUCAACGAGUUGCAGGCUGCCGCUGUCGUUUGCCGACAUCUACGGGUACUUCUUCAUCAGAGUGAGAGCCACCUGGAACGGGAGAGACUCAGACUGGUCCCAGACGAAGCAGUUCCAGCCCUACAGAGAUUCUGACAUGAGCCCCCCCAUCACCUCCCUGUCGUUUAGCGAGCAGUCCAUCUCUGUGCGCGUUCACCACCACAUAGCGCCACUGUGGAGAAGCCUGCAGUAUGUCAUUGAGAUGUAUGAAACCAGGAAGCCAAAGACAGUGCAGCUGGAGUACCUGUCGAACGUCUCCGGGCAAGCCAUGCAUUGCUUCGAGGGACUGAUCCCACAGUACCGCUACUGUGUGAGAGCCAAGGUCAUCGCCCACACAGAGAGCCCGCUGUCCCCUGAGAAGUGCAUCUCACUGCCCAGCAAGAGUGCAGUCCACAACUGGAAAAUGGUGAGCGCCGUGAGCUGUGCCCUCCUCCUGCUUGCCUUCCUGGCAGUGACCUCCAUCCUGCUACUGUUGUGCUACCUGCGGCCCAAGCCUUCGGCGUGCCAGACACCCCGCACACUGAUGAUUUUCAGUGAGGAUCCAUGCUGGAGACAAAACCUCAAGAAUGUGGUCUGGAAUCCGAAAGGCACACUGGUAUCCAGCCCUGCAGUGUCUGCAUGGCACUGUUCCACUGCGCUGGGCAAGUGGGAGUCACAGGAUGAUCAGUUCCCCUCUGACGCCUUGGUCUCCAGUGAAGUGCCCGAUUCCCCCACCAGUCUGCACGUGUACUGCAAGAGGUGCUCGCUGUUCCUGGCACAGGGAGAGGAGGAGCCAAGCCCCACGGAGAAGCUGGAGCCACAAGAGCCUCCAACCUCUGGACAUGACACAGAUGAACAGGAACUGGGUCCUAGCUACAAGCAGGAAUUUGGGACUGAUGUGGCUGGACAGCCAUUUGAUAAAAUCUUAGAGGACAGUGGGGGCUUCUCUGAGCUUCCUAGUUCCAAUCUGCCUCUGGAUCAUGGACCUGCUGAAGGUGUCCGACCCAAGUUCAGUGAAAUCUACUACAAGACCGCUGGUGACUGGGAUACAAGUGCCAGUGGUGUGAUGUAUGGCGACCCACAGCUCUAUAUCAGUGUCCUGGGGCUCUGUCAGGAGGCCUCAGAGGAGCCUGUUUGCGCCCCUGCUUUGGUGGAGUCAGCAGCCUAUGAGCAGACCCUGCUGGGCACAGCUAAUCGCGUCUUGCCCACUGGGUAUGAAUGGCGCCCAGACCCUUGUGCACUUUGAUGUAAACGGACACUUGUCCUGUCUCACUGUGACAGUUCCUGCACGUUCUGACCUGGUUUGAUACCUCCUCCGCACCUUGCAACUUCUCAGAGCAGUUCUCAGGGCAUGGUCCUUGUCCACUCUUGAGGGCAUGUCUGCUAGAUAGCAGAGGAGCACCAGAAUAGGCUGGCAGCCUCCUGCAGCUGGAUUAAAAGCGAUGAGGUGAACCUAUGUUGUAACAUCAACUGGACAAUGCAUUCCUAGCCAGGAAUUCCAAGUCUUAAUAAUCUCUGACUACUAAAUAAAUCACUCCUACCCUGUAUGGUAAUGUGUGUGCUAGUGCUUUAGAGACAAUUCUUUGCAGCUUUAGUGCUAGCUGCAUUUAUCCAGGGGGUGAGUGAAAGAGGAAGAUUUUUUAGGGGACCUGCCUGACCAAGUCAUUCCUCAGUCUGUCUCACUUGGACCUGAGGUUGGGGUCACACAUGGGCAUCAGACUACCUCACACCCAUUCCCCCACCAGGCACAGAGAGGCAGUGGCACAAAGCUUGGACAGAUUCCCACCCAGGGGACAGCCAGGGCUCCCAAGACAGGAGAAAGCCUUUAGAAGACACUGAGUGAACCUGCUGGCACCAUACUGAAAAUUUCAGCGUACAGCAAUUGCAACACAUUCAUGUUCAGGUUGGGCUCAAGCACUUUUAUGCGAUGCAUUUUAAUUCUGGGUGCUGUAUUGUAAAUGUGGUCCCCAUGGGAGGGCACAGACAUUGUUGCAUCUCUUCAGAACACUGCACACAGCAGAUACUUUCUGUGGCAGACGUAUUUCUUUCAUGCAGCGAUUUGGACAGCAGCAGCUCCAGCAGGAAGCAGGAUUGCUUCCUGAUGUUGUUGCUGAAUAUUUGCAUCAAAGGCCUGGAUUAAGAACAGGCUAGCUACAUAACAGAAUACAAUGGGGUGGAGACUCUAGACUUUGUCUAACUAUGUCUGGGUUCCUGCUUUUUCUUCAAUGGGCUCUGGCUCCUGAGACCCAGCCUGUUUGGAGCAGUGGAUCCUCAGCAGGUGAAAUGGGAAGACUAGCACUGGCGUCUGCAGAGCAGGACCAGUUGGCUGUCCUGCAGGCCUUUGAAGAAACAUGCUGCACUGCUUGGAAGUAAAAACCUUUCCCAGCAGCAUAAUUCUCAUAUAGAAAUGAGAGGUAAACCGCGGUUCUUUAGUCACGCGGUACAUACCAUGGUGCGUUUUAGCGCAGGUCACUCAAGCUGGUGCUAAUCUUUUCUGAAGCUCCCCUCUCUGUCAGGGGCCCAGUAGUACCAGUCCAGAGCUCUUUGUUUUGUGUUUUGUCAGAAUUCAUGGUGUAAAAAAACGAUAUGUGAAAGGAUUCAUCCUGUCCAUGUGACUUGUGCAGCUAGGAUCUAUGAUCUUCUACUGUCAAGUAGGAGGUUCACGGGAGAGUGUUCUGUUUGCUCAUAGAUACAGAUCAGACCUGACAAAAAUGUUACCUUCUGCUUGACGGUGCUUUCGUGUAAUGAAGAGAUUUACAUCCCUGCUGCUGUAGGAGGCUGCACAUUGCCUCGUAGCCCAGGGGGCCUGGUGAAACUGCCUGUGCACAGUACAUAGAUAUAUAGAUAUAUGUAACUGCCUUUGCUACCUCUGGCUUUUUUCAUGUGUUGUUUUAUUUUUGGUGCACCUGUUGCUUUGCAGUCAAUAGGCAUCCAUGGUAAAGGGAAAAGCUCCAUGUUUUACUUACCUACUGCAUCUGCUACCUGCAAUGGUUCCAGUGAAAAGACAGGUGCUCGUGUCUUGGCAGACCCUGUCUUCCCAUUUUUCUCUAGGUCUUUGUGCUCUUCCAGACCCCAGCUUCACUAAUGGACAGUUACACAUGAGGAUACGCCAUUCGGCCCAUCUGGCUACUGUCAUUGAUCCCAGGAUCCUGUUGGUUGCCUAUCAGGUGCCUCUUCUUUCUUAAGUCAAGUCAAAUUAAAUGAAGUUAAAAAAAAAUGUGGAACAGAAGGUUUUGGAAGAAAACAUUCUGCUUGUUCAAAGCAAAAAUUGGAUUCUGAAUCUUAUUUUUUUCAUCAGUGUUUUUUGUGUUGUCCGAUAGCACACUUUUAUGCACUAGAUUUUAUUUUCCAGGUUACUGUUAAUUUGUAAAGAAUGUUUCAAUUUUCAGUUAUAAAUAUUGGCUGUGUUAUUAUUUUUGCUUGUAUCUGUCUCUGUUGUCUUUGGUAUUGUUUUACACUAAAAUGUUUUGAGAUUGU